UUUCAGAACAGCAUGAGGAGUGUCUUCUUUCAUUGGUUAAAAACAAGGAAUAUAAUGACUAUAAUGUUCAAGUAAUUCUUGCUGCUCAUUUGUUUGGACCAUUGGCUGGUGGUUAUGAGAUAGGAAACAAAGGUUUCCCUAAGGAUGCAAGAAGAUGUCCUAGAUGUAACAAAGAUAUAAGUGAUGCACUCAAGAAUACAUCACUUGGUCAUGGAGAUGUGUGGCAUGGGCAUGCAGAUAUAAUUGUGAAAAGAAGUGUAGUCAAGGUAGAAAGUAGAGCUUAUAAAGAGGACGGUAGUGGUGAACCACAGCAUAAGAAAAUGAGAACUGAAAGUAUCGGAGAUGUAAGUUCAUCUUCAGACGAAUUUUACGACAGUGGUAUUGUAGCUGAAGUACAAAAAUAUGCAAUUAAUGAUCAGGCAGUGUCACAGGUAUUGGCUGAAACAAUCGUCAAUGCGUUUUCAGAAGUGAACAAGAAUCGGAUGCUGUCAAGUUCCUUUAUACCAUCAUUUAUAGCCACAUCUAAAGAUAUUAGAAUAAUUAUGUACAACUGUGAGCUAGAUAGUUUGAUAAUGUUAGAUGAUUUGAAGAUCUUCAUAUAUGAUGAAGUUAAAGGGAAAAAUACAUUAAAUGUUUCAACGAUUUUGAGUAUAUGGUAUGCCUUGAAUUUUGAAAAUUAUUUUAAUAGAAGCACUAGUCUUUUUCCAGAAUUUGAGUACAUGUUAAGUCAAAUUUCAAAGAACAAGCUGGUAAAAAGUUUAAGAUAUAUAAUGAAAAGUGUACUAAACCUAUGACAGAAACAGAAGGAUAUGUAGAUGUUGACUUUACAAUAUCCGGUGAACAUCUUACAGGGAAGAUAGGGCGUGAAAUUGAAACAACACUUGCAUCACUUAGACAGUCAGUACAUAAAAAAUAGUAAAAAAAAGUAAACAAGAAUUUGUAAGGUGUUCUUAAUGCAUUUGAUCAAAGAGCUUGUUGAACAAGUUUAUAGAAAAAAAUGUUUGGAUACUGUAAAUCACUUGAAAUUUGCGUGAUUUUUAUCUUGUUUAUGUAAUUGUUGAUGUAGUCCCAUUAAGUGACAGCUUUUGAUUUCGUAUACCAACAUAGUUAUUUUUCGUUUGACUGCACAAUGUAAAUUGAGGGCUGCAGAUUUCAGGUUAAAGGUUUUGUGCAGUAAUUUUUUUUGUUAAUAUAACUUCAUUGUUUCUGGAGUAAUAAAAUUCAACUUCAAAUAUACGUUCUUUACCAUCAACCACAUUCUAUUUGACAAGGUUCAUAAUUCUAGAAGUAAUAUUUUCAGAAUUA